AUGGACCUAUCCGCCUGCGAUUUGGCAUCCUUAGUCAAGCGUCGGCGUGUGCUUGCAGCCCAAGCUGCGGCAGAGCGAGAGGCACGCGAACGCGAGGAGCGUGAACGUCGAGCUAUGCUGGCUGUGGUGCAAGUUCAGCAACGUCACCUCGCUGCAGCCGAGAGAUCCUACGAAUUGGCCAAACAUGAUUUUGCCAGCACUCAGAGAGUAUCUCCUCUCGGUCUCGAUCGAAAUCAUCGCCGAAUUUGGCAUUUCCGUUGUGCUCCUGAUCGUAUAUUCUUGGAGGAUAACUGGGCACCUCAAGCUGCAGCAGAUAUUAAGGUUUGUUAG